UUAUAAAGUGGAGCACAACCACAGCGAAGAACAUAUGCACUUGACUAACAACUGUUGAACAGGAAGAGUGGGUUUACUCACCUCCACAGCAUGGAUAGAGCCUCUGUGCUCUAUGGAGCAGUGACUGCACUCUAUACAGCAGCUGUAAUAUUAAAAGUCAUAAGGGGUGGCUUGAAGCUGGGUUUGUGGUGGGUCUUCAGUCUGUUUCUGGUGUUUGUAGGUAUGCCCCUGUGUUUUAUUAAACUCCCAGGUUACUCUGGGCUUCUCCUGCUCUCCUUGGGUUACCUAAUCUAUCACUCCAUGCUGGCCAGGUCUGAGAAACUCCUAUUAGUUGGCAACAAAGCAAUACUGAUUACAGGUUGUGAUUCUGGCUUUGGCCAUGCCUUGGCGAAACAUCUUGAUAAGCUGGGCUUUACUGUGUUUGCCGGAGUUUUAAAUGCCCAGGGCCUGGGUUCUGAAGAACUGAGAAGAAGCGGGUCAGAGAGGCUUGUUAUCCUCCAGAUGGAUGUGACUGACACUGCACAGAUUGAGCAAGCCUAUUUACAAGUUAAAUUUCACAUUGAAAAAACAGGGGAAGUCCCAAUUCCUGGUUUUGCAGCCUAUGGUGCUUCAAAAGCAGCACUUAGCAGAUUUUCAGGAGUGAUGAGACAAGAACUUUCCAAGUGGGGUGUGAAAGUGGCCACAAUACAACCUGGAGGUUUCCAAACAAUCAUAUGGGUGAUAUGGAUCCAAAGAAAUUACUAGAGGAUCCUGUUGUUGCUGCCAUAGCAACUAAACACCAGAGAAGCGCAGUGCAGGUAGGAAAUAAUGUGUGAAAUGACAUAGCAAUGCAAUAUAGCCAGAACUGUAAAGUACAAUUCAGAGGAGGUUAUAAUGAGCUUGUAUUAUACACUGGCGCAAGAGCAACUAAUCUAGGACUUAAGGGAAUGAUCUAUGAAGAUGGGUUGAAAUAACUGAAUCUAUUGAGCAUAGAACAAGAAUUAGGGUGGAUUUGAUUGAAGUCUUCAAAUCAUAGUUGGAAAUUAAGUUGAGAUAGACUUGGAAUACAGGGUAUGAGACAUUUUUUCACAUAGAGUGGUGAGGAUAUGGAAUGUGUUACCUAGUCAUGUUGUUGAUGCUGAAUCACUGGGAUCCUUUAAGACACAAUCAGCUACUAGGAACUGGACAAGCACCAAUGGACCGAACGGCCUCUCAUUUGUAAAUGUUCUUGUGUUAUGUAAUACAUACAAUGCCCUCUACAAACAAGCAUUUGGACCCCCUGUGUGUUGGUUGUGAUCUGGUCUGGUUUGCAUAAUGUAUUAAAUAUCUAUUAUUAUGGCUGACACAAUAUAGAAUUGUCACUGGGUACCACAUCAGUAGGAAGUGUAUUGAUCAAGCUGUACAUAACAAUAUAAGAACAUUAACGAAUGAGAACUGGCCAGUUGGCCUAUCAUUGUUCACCUGGCUUCUCGUAGCUGAUUGAUCGCAAAACAUUGUCGACUCUUAAAGGAUCUCAGAUUUAGCAUCACACACAUAGCAAGUUAACCAAUUCCGUACCCUCACCACUCUCUGUGUGAAGAAGUGUCUCCUACCCUCUGUCCUAAAUCUCUACUUCAUUUCCAACUGCAUCCUCUGGUCCUGGUUUCUGUGCUGCACUUAAAGUAUUGGUUAGGGUUAACUAUGUCAACUCCUAUGACACAAUUGCAUGAAGCCUAAGUGAAACAUAUUAAGAGACUUA